CAGGUGAAUGCCUUGUUGAGAUAAUACAAGCAACAGCACUUUAACAAAUGGGUUCAGUGGGCAUAGUGCCUACUUCUGGCUUAAGAGAAUCAAGCAGCCAUGCUGUGGGGGUUGAUAGGUUGCCGGAGGAGAUGAAUGACAUGACAAUCCGGGAUGACAAGGAAAUGGAAGCAACAGUUGUGGAUGGUAAUGGGACUGAGACGGGCCACAUAAUUGUGACUACGAUUGGGGGUCGAAAUGGCCAGCCAAAGAAAGUAAUUUGCCAUAGCAUGUGUGACAAUUUCUGGUUCAAAUUUAUGUGCAUUUCAGAUCCAAGAAACUAUACCUUAUAGAUUCAUAACUUGGUGAUGCGCUAAUAAACAAAUCAUGAUUAGAGCAAUUUUCCUCCAUUGAUAAAAGUUUAAUUUUAGGGAAGUAUCUUGAUUAUCCAAUAAGGCUUCCCACUCUGGAAAAUCCUGGCUUUUAGGAGAGUUGGCCUAAAUAUAUAUGGGUUAAAUGACAGCUUGUUGGAGUAUUUGAUUGAAUUUAAACUUCGUGACCUCUGCUAUUUCUAAUCGUCUACCUACUGUAUCUUUGUUA